AGUUGCAAGAAAGAAUCAAAAAUUAAUAUGAAAUGUUCUACCUAGAUUAUGCAGUUCCUGCAGGAGUUAAAGGUCAAGAUGCCGCUUUCCAUUUUCCUCAAGUAACAGCGGUUCCAACGAAAGUGGCAGAACUUCUUCAGGUAGAGGAAUGGAGUCAGACGGAAUUGUCCCCAUUAAAAGACGAAAAAGUACUGCAUCCAGUGAAAACAUAUGAGGGGAAAAGAAGAAUUGUUUCAACUGCAGAAAGUACACUCACAACGGACAAUACAGAAGCUUCUGCAGUUUCUGAAACGUUAGUACCCCCUGUAGAAGUAGGAAGCAGUACUAAAUUAGGUAAAUAA